AAUAAUUUAUACGGCAUCAUCAUCGACGACAAUAUGUUUGCAUGGUUGACGGGUACCGAAACCACUCCUCCCGCCUUCCUCGAGGUUCGAAGUUCGAAAUGGUUGAUUAUCAGUACCGUUGCUGCUGCGGUGUUCACUGACGUCUAUUUAUAUGGCCUGAUUGUGCCCGUUCUGCCUUUUGCUCUGAGUAGCCGUGCUGGUAUUACCGAGGAUAAUGUACAGUCUACGGUAUCAGUACUUUUGGCUGUCUAUGGUGGCGCUUUACUCGUUGGAGCACCCACAUGUGGGUGGGUCGCCGAUCGGUUUGAAUCGCGGCGGUGGAGUUUCAUGGUUGGAUUGCUGGCACUAGCUGGUUCGACGAUAUUCUUGGUCGUUGGUAACAGUCUUGCUCUGUUCGUUGUUGGUCGUAUCCUCCAGGGACUUUCGGCAGCGGUUGUUUGGGUUGUUGGCCUGGCUUUACUACAGGACACUGUUGGCUCUGAUUCCAUUGGGCAGGCAAUGGGCUACGUUGGUAUCGCCAUGUCGUUGGCGUACUUGCUCGGUCCCUUGCUUGGUGGCAUCGUCUUCGAACGGUUCGUUGUACCAAAUGUCGGAAGACAGCACAAUUGUACUGACACACUCGUCCAGUNNGCCGGAUAUUAUGCCGUCUUCGCAAUGGCAUUUGCGCUUUUAGGCAUCGACGCAAUUCUCAGAGUGUUGAUGAUUGAGAGAUCGGUUGCUGCGAAGUGGAGGCCAAAAGCACUUGAAGUAACCGCAGAUGCCGAACACAAAGGCAGCACGGAUGGUCACAAAGCUGACUCGGAGUGUCACGAACCCGAAAUCGAGACACCUGCUGUGGCACACGAGCGACGCAGGCUCCCUAGAGUCUUCUCACUAUUAGCGUCGUACAGACUCGACGCCGCUUUGUUUGGCUGCUUCAUCAGCGCAGCAUUGCUUACCUCAUUCGACUCAAUUUUGCCAUUGUAUGUCCACGAAAUCUGGGGCUGGGACUCUAUUGGUGCUGGACUGAUCUUCCUGUCUGUCACGAUUCCGUCUUUCACUGGACCUCUAGUUGGCGGAUAUGCAGACAAGCACGGCGUAAGAUGGCUAGCGACCAUCGGCUUCAUCAUCACUGGUCCAUGUUUCAUUCUCAUGCGCCUCGUGGAUCACGACAGUAUUCGCCAGAAGGUGCUGCUCUGCGCACUUCUCGCCUUGAUCGGCCUUGGAAUCACUCUCUCGCUCACACCUCUCAUGGCAGAAAUCUCAUAUGCUGUGGAUGCUCAAGGUGCANAAAGACCAGCAGGCUUCUUUGGCAAGAACGGUGCUNUUGCUCAGGCGUAUGGGUUGUUCAAUAUGGCCUAUGCAGGUGGCACUCUGGUCGGACCUUUGCUUGCAGGCUUGGUCAAACAAAGAGCCGGGUGGGGAACCACGACGCUUGUACUCGGCUGUGUCUCGUUCGUCUGUGUGGUGCCGACAGUGAUCUGGUGUGGAGGAUCUAUUUUCAAGCUGAGGAGGAAACGGAAAGCCGAGAAAGUGGAGACGGCAGAGGGAGUACGGAAAGCAAGUCCAUCAAGUACGAGCGCGAGUAGCGAGGUGAAUGUUUGA